GGACUUGUCUCGAAAUCCAUUAAAAAGAUUCCGUUUGGAUCGUAAAUCUAAUUUUGAUCGAAUAUAAAAGAAUACGAUCGCUUUUUUAGAUGUUAUUUUUCAUUUUUAUCAUUUACAAUGAAUUUCGAUCAAAAAGUUAAACAAAAUGAGCAACCUCCUCUUGAUUGUCUUGAAGAUCUUAUGGCUCAUGUAACAACGGCGAUUCGGAUUAUAAAUUUGGGGUUGUCUAUUUAUAUUAUUUAUUUGUGUUUUCCCGUUCCUGAAGAUGGAUUAAGUUUAACAACUUGGCAUGUGCUUUUAUAUACAAUUGGGUGGACAUUUUUAAUGGUGGAAGGAAUAUUUUUUGUACCAAAAGAAAAUAUUUGUACAAGCCGACUUUCUCAACCAACAAGAGUAUUAAUUCAUUGGUUGGUUUUGGUGGUUGCAACAGGAUUUAUAAUCGCAGGAUUUACCGUGAUUGUUGUGCAAGCUGCUGAUAGGGGUAGUGAUCAUUUUAGUACUAACCACGGUUUACCGGGGGCGGUAGCUACAAUUUUAGCUUAUGUUUGUUGCAUAAAUGGAAUUCCUGCUGUUUUCGCAGGAAAGCUUCGCAAAAUCAUCAAGCCGAAUAUAAACAAGCUGUUCCAUGCUUUGGUUGGAAUCGCAGCUGUGUUAAGCGGAGCUGUUGCCACUGUAACUGGUUUUUAUACGGGGUGGUUCAGAAAUAGAUCGACUCCGACGAUGCAAAACGUUUGUUAUGUCGUUUUAGUCAUAAUUACGUGUUGGUUGUUGUUAAAGCCUGUUAUUAAUUCUUUGGUUAGAAUAAAAAGUUUUUGUUCUUCAUAA